AUGGGCGCUAGUGACUUGAUUGUAACCAAAGCGGGUCCUGGGACCAUCGCGGAAGCCACUACACGGGGGCUGCCCGUUCUACUGAGCAGCUACAUGCCCGGGCAAGAAGAAGGCAACGUGUCCUAUGUUCUCAAAAGCCGAUUCGGCACCUACUGCGACGAUGCUGAGAAACUCGGACUCAUUGUCCGAGAGUGGCUCCUAAACCCCCGGUUUGAAGUCAAGCUCGACAACAUGCGAUACAGGUCCGCCAAGUGCGCUAACCCCACCGCCAGCAUCGACAUCGCUCGGGACAUAGGACGCCUCAUUGGCCUCAGGGAAGUGCCGUCCGCUCGUUGA